AGCUCCGCUGUUUCCGCAGCGAAUUCUCCACCCGUCCCAUGAAUGGGGUCAUUAUCUAUCGCGGACACCGCGGGAGCUCGGCCCACCGCUCCCACGGUUCCCUCCCUGAGUCUGGGGGAGGAGCACCAAGCUGCCACUAGAGCACUGCACCGCUCUGACUUACGGUGGUGCUCAGGAUUGAACCUGGGACCUCUGGGACCUCGGAGCCUCAGGCAUCAGUCUUUCAUAAUCACUAUAUUGUCUCUCCUGCCCGAUCUUGCCUUUCAAAACGGACUCCCAUCAACGGAGCAACUGCCCACACAGCAGGUGUGGCAGCAGGGCCAGCCAUUCCUCCCCUCCCACGCCCAACUACUGCUAUAAACAGAAGCUGCCACUGGGCUGGGCCACAUCCUGCCUUAUCACCUGCUGGAGCCACGGCCGCAUGGAGGUAGCUGUGCAGGGGACCUGCAGCCCCAAGGAAGCAGGCCUGGGACUGGGGGCUGGACCACCCCCACUGGAGGAGGAGGAGCAGCACUCAGAGGGGCUGGUGGAGCUGCAUGCGUCCUUCCAGGAGCUAUUCACCUUCUUCUGCACCAACACCACCAUGCACGGUGCCAUCCGCCUGGUCUGUUCCCGCCGUAACCGCCUUAAGACGACCUGCUGGGUACUGCUAUUCCUGGGUGCCCUGGGGACCCUCUACUGGCAGUUCGGGGUGCUGUUCCAGCAGUACUGGCGCUACCCAGUCAUCAUGACCAUGGCCCUGCGCUCCCAACCUAGGCGCUCCCCCUCUGUCACGCUGUGUGACAUGAACCCACAACGGCCUGCCCCAGUCCACCACCACCUGCAGGCCCUGGACGAGUUUGCCCAGGAAAACAUCAGGUCCCUGUAUACAGCCAGUGUCAGCGUCAGCCAAGGCGUGGCUGCUCCCUCUUGCCUCCCUGGCCUUGAGCCUGGAGUUCCAGUGGACCGCAGGAUCCGCCUGCUCAGGCUCAGCCACCUGGGCGCCCCCAACAGAGUGGGGUUCAGACUGUGCAAUAGCACUGGAGGCGACUGCUUCUACAGGGCCUCUGCUUCAGGCUGGACAGCUGCCCGAGAGUGGUACCGUCUGCACUACCUGAGCGUGCUGGCUCAGCUGCCCCCCACCCAACAGGACCCCCAGAAUAGCCGCUUCAUUGUCUCCUGCCACUAUGACGGCCAGGACUGCCAGGCCGGGCCCUUCCAGGUUAGCCACCAUCCCAUAUAUGGCACUUGCUACACCUUCAGUGGGAUCCUGAGCACACAGCAGCCCCCAGCAGUUGCCCAUGGGCUCAGCCUGGUCCUCAGGACGGAGCAGCAGAAGCACCUGCCCCUGCUGGCCACCAAGGCUGGCGCUAAAGUCACAGUUCACCAGCAGGACCACUCGCCCUUCCUGGAACACCAUGGCUUCAGCGUGCGGCCUGGAACAGAGACCAGCAUCAGCAUCCGGGAGGACGAGGUACACCGGUUAGGGAGCCCCUAUGGCAGCUGCACCCAAGGGGGCCAGGAUGUGGACAUGCCCCUGCUCUACAACGCCUCCUACACCAUGCAGGCCUGCCUGGUCUCCUGCUUCCAGCAGCUGAUGGUGAACCGCUGCUCCUGUGGCUACUACUUCUACCCACUUCCAGCAGGAGCUGAGUACUGCAGCUACUCCCAGCACCAGGGCUGGGACCACUGCUUCUUCCACCUCUACAGAACCCCAGAGACCCACCACCACUGUGCCCAACACUGCCCCAGGCCCUGCCGCGAAUCUAUAUACAAGCUCUCUGCUGCUGGGACCUCCAGGUGGCCCUCCUCUAAGUCCUCUAACUGGAUCCAGGCUGUUCUGGGGGAGCAGCACCCCAGCCAGGACCCCAAGCCCAGGAUCGGCUUAGCCAAGGUGAACAUCAUCUACCAGGAGCUCAACUACCGCAUUGUGGAUGAGACCCCUGUCUACACAAUACCGCAGCUGCUGUCGGCUAUGGGCAACCUGUGGGGUCUGUGGUUUGGUUCCUCUGUACUCUCCGUCGUGGAGCUGCUAGAACUGCUGCUGGAUGCCAUGGCUCUCGGCCUGCUCCUGGGCUGCCGCCGGCUCCACCAGCUCCAGGAUCCCAGCCAGGGACAGCCACAGGGCUGGCCUAACCAUGUCAGGGGUGUGCCAGCCUCAACCCUUACCAUACUGCCAGGGCUCAGAUGGCCUCUCCAGACUCCUGACAACCCAACAUAGCCUGCUCUUUGGAGCUGUCACAGUCCAGAGUGAACCUUUCCAGCCCCUGAUGAGCCAAACCCAGACACUGUCUGGUGGCCCCCCCAGGCUUGAAGAGGAAGGGUGGGGUACCCAAACCUGCCCCCCCCCAUUUCCGGCAUGACUAUCCAAGUACACAUGUGCACAGCACAGGAACCUCUGAUGCAGCCUUAGUGUCAGCUUCUGUGUGUCUGCAGGUCUCCCUGUCUGUCCCCACCCAGGCUACAUGUGGCAGGGAGAGUCCCCUGGCGCAGGCUAGCACUCAGUGACUUAGAGCAGCUUCAUAAUUAAGUCAGGUGGCUCCACCUGGUGGCCAAGUGUACAUCUCUAAGUGGGCACCCCAUACCCCUGGGGCAGAGGGCAGUAGAAACACUGGGGGCCCAGGCCAUCCCCAUCUGCUCCCACCAGGAACAACUGCUGAGGCAGAAAGGGGUGAAGAGGGCAGGAAAUAGACAUAA